AUGGACUGUCACUUCACAGACAUCGCAACCUACAAAAUUUCCGGCAGAAGUUCCAGGACGAAUUUCUCCCGGCCGGGUACCAGUCUCGAAUUCGGCGAGAACUGGAGCGCCGGACCCAGCACCCGGACGGGGACAGACGAUCCUGGAGUGGCCACCGCAGACUUUGCUGUGAAGGACGAGAGUAGGAUAUGCAAGUUCUUCAGCGCCCAGGGCUACUGCAGGCAAGACGAGUACUGCAUUUACGAGCACGUCUUGGGUGUAAAGAAUUUUAUGAUCCUGCAUGUCAAGGAGGAAGCUCCCAUAUGCUUGGCAACCCUCAAGCUCUCCAAGGAAGGCAGCACAGUAUUGGCACAGGUCUCGCAUGCAGUGAGCCCUAGCAACUUCCAUCUCGUCUUUCCCUAUGGCCAUAAAUCCAUCCAGAAGCUAAUUGAGAAGGGAUCGUCAGCUUCCAAAGAGAGAUUUGAGAGUCAGACCUUGCAAGUGGCCUGCAGCUGUAGCUCUUUUAAUGAAGACAGGCUGCUACAUAAAUCUGAAGGUGAGCUGAUAGCCGCCAGAAGCAGGGACAAGGAGCGGUGGUAUCGUGCAAAAGUGGUUGGCCUUAACACCGAAAGGAAUGCUGCGAGAGUGGCAUUCCCAGACUUCGGAGAUGAGGAUUGGGUGUCUGCAAGCUGGGUGAAGCCGCUGGAAACGCGGUUCCUGCGCCUGCCCUUCCAGGCUGUGCAGGCGUGCUUGGCCGACGUGGAGCCUAAAGUUAGUGACCGUGAACAUACCUGGAGCACCGAAGCAUGUGCGGCUCUUGUGGAGUCUACGGCGGGAAAAGACCUUCUCGCUGAGGUUGUCGUCUAUAGCGAGAACCUUAUGCAAGUCAAGCUGUACUUCUGCGAGUCUGGGAAACUGCAUUCUGUGAGCAGUUGCCUGGUAAGCAGCUGGCAGGCGCAGUUGCUGAAACAGCAACGUCAAAGUGGUGCCUCCGGUAGGAACAUGCCAAGUCCGGCUUGA